GAUUGCGUGAAAGAAAAGUUCUGGUGUAAAAUCAUUGUUGCAGAUCGCCUUCUUCGCCGCCUUCGCCUUGCUGCGCCCAACCAAAGUGUAGAGCUGGUCACAAAGAAGAUAAGCAUGAAUCAGCCCUCUGCAUGGGAGCACGAGAAGUUCAAUAUCAAACGUCUUCCAGCAGUCACUCUGUCUCGCCUAUCCAGCCAUGAUAAUCCAAUAAGAAAAUCAAUGUUGGAUACAACAAGUCGAAUAAGUCUGGACGCAUUGGAGAAGAACAUUCGUACUAUUGCUGAGGCUGUACUCGGACAUAUGCUUUCGUUACCGGAAGGCGGUUAUUCCACUGAUCCUCGUGUGUCUGCCGAUACUUCUGUUUUAUCGCGUGAUGCUGUCGAUCGCCAACGAUUAGCCCAUGCUAUGCGGCUUUUCGCCUCGCGACCGCGACCAGUCGCAGAUGAAGCAGCAACCGUUGCGUGUGCAGCAAAUUUAGCAGUAGCUGUGGGGAACCAUGCGAAGGUUACUGUGUCACCUGUAUCAAUGCACGAAGUGCAAAUAUGGCCAGGGACUUCUGAUCGCCUCUUAGCAGAGCGAGUGAAACCGGCUGUUUUUGAUUUGAUCAUAGCUUGUGGUGUCUUCGGAUACUUAGCUCUAUUUUACUAUGCGGCCAGCAGGGCACAGCGAGCGCUCGAAGGUGCUUUGUUCAGAUUACGAAAACGAGUAUAA